UAGAGGACAUUAUGUUGAGUGAAUAAGUCUAACCACAAAACAACAAUUAUUGUGUGUUCUCACUUUUAUGAAAUGACAUGAACCGGCAAAUAUACAGAAACUAAUGUUCAUUGGUGGUUACCCGGAAUGAAGGAGUGGAGAAUUCACUUGAUAUUUUUGGUGAUGGAAAAGGCAGCACUUAAUGAGAGUGAAGUGUGCACAGCUUGAUGAAGUGAAACGGAAGCAAGCAGAGAAUUGGGGACCUCAUACCACCAAGAAAGAAGCACCUGGAGCAGAGCACGUCCUUUGGACCCAAGGUUCCUUCACAGAGAUGCUCCUAGUCUGGGGUAGGACUGAUGACGACGAGGAUCUUCCUCCAGAGCCAACAGAGAAAGCCUCCCCCUGGAGCUGAUGCCCUGAAUUUGGACUUGUAGCCUACUAGACUGUGAGAAAAUAAAUUUCUCUUUGUUAAAGCCAUCCACUUGUGGUAUUUCUGUUAGAGCAGCACUAGAUGACUAAGACAUGGUGUCUGCCAGGUUUCUCCACUGUAAAGUUGCUAGUCUGUGACUCUUUCCUGUAUGCCAGGUGAUAUCAACAGGUUGUGGAGCUUGAUAUAUGUUGCCAAAUUGUUUAUAACUUCUUCACUUUUAUUGAACACUUCUCUGAAAAUCCAUUGCUGGUCUUAUUCCUUGUUACUAGGCUGCUUGCUGUGUUUAAGUGCAUCUCUUCUCAUUCCUCUCCCAGGGAUGCCAGAUGAACAGAGAGAAGGGCUCCAGGAAGAGCUGAUUGACAUCAUCCUCCUCAUCUUGGAGCGGAACCCUCAGCUGCACUACUACCAGGGCUACCAUGACAUUGUGGUCACCUUUCUGCUGGUGGUAGGCGAGAGGCUGGCAGCAUCCCUGGUAGAAAAAUUGUCUACCCACCACCUCAGGGAUUUCAUGGAUCCAACAAUGGACAACACCAAGCAUAUAUUAAACUAUCUGAUGCCUAUCAUUGACCAGGUGAAUCCAGAACUCCAUGACUUCAUGCAGAGUGCUGAGGUGGGGACCAUCUUUGCCCUCAGCUGGCUCAUCACCUGGUUUGGGCACGUCCUGUCCGACUUCAGGCACGUCGUGCGGUUAUAUGACUUCUUCCUGGCCUGCCACCCUCUGAUGCCCAUUUACUUUGCAGCUGUGAUCGUGUUACAUCGUGAGCAGGAAGUCCUGGACUGUGACUGCGACAUGGCCUCGGUCCACCACCUGUUGUCCCAGAUCCCUCAGGACCUGCCCUAUGAGACACUGAUCAGCAGAGCAGGAGACCUCUUUGUUCAGUUUCCCCCAUCCGAGCUUGCGCGAGAGGCAGCUGCCCAACAGCGAGCCGAGAGAACGGCAGCCUCUACCUUCAAAGACUUUGAGCUGGCGUCAGCCCAGCAGAGGCCUGACAUGGUGUUGCGGCAGCGGUUUCGGGGACUUCUGCGGCCUGAGGACCCAACAAAAGAUGUCCUGACCAAACCAAGGACCAACCGCUUUGUGAAACUGGCAGUGAUGGGGCUGACCGUGGCACUUGGAGCGGCUGCCCUGGCUGUGGUGAAAAGUGCCCUGGAGUGGGCCCCUAAAUUCCAACUGCAACUGUUUCCCUAAAAGCCAGAGAAGACACUUCCUACUUUGUUACAUUAAGGUCUCACCCUUCCAUGGAAGGAUUGGGAGGGGCUGGAAAUUCCUUUAUUAAAAGGGUUCUGUCAAGGGUUUUCUAUUCCUGCCACCCUUCCCUGCCCGUCUCCAUGGUUUGCCUUUGCUUCAGAGGCCAAUAGCAGAGCCUGGCUGACACUGAAGGCACAUGGGGGCCUGGACCUAGAACUUUGACCCCUUCACAGUGGGUUUCUGAGUGGGCCCUUGGCUGCCUCCCCUGUGUUGGAGGAAAUGGGUUUCUUUAGCUCCCAGCCGCCUUUGGAACUGGCUAGGCCUGGGCUGCCCUGGUUACAGCCCCCUGGCUGCCCAGUAGUAGGUAACCUGGCCCGCUGACUGCCCUUCUUGCAACUCACCGUGUUCUCUGCUUCAUACGGACAAAGAGGGAAGGAGCCACUGUUCUUUCUAGAAGUCAGACCUUGGAAUGAAAGUGAGAGGGCAAAGGAAUCUAGCCUGAGAACAAGUUGGCUCUCUUCAGAGUGGCUCCAUUAGCUGGUCAGAAAUCAAAGAGACAGGUGUGAACUAGAUUACUAGUUAAAGCCUACCUGUUUUCAGCCCAGAAAUCACUUAGGCAUUUCCAGUCAAGUGGGAAUGAGUGGGGAUUUUUAGCACCCAGACCCAGACUGAUUUUGCCUGCCUUUUUUUUUUUUCCUUCUUUUUUCCUUCUUACUCCAUAAGCCACAUGGCAUUGCCUGUAAGAGAUUUUUAUUACUAUUUUUAGAAUUAUAUACACCCAGCAUCUAAAGUAGCCUCUCUUUUAAAAUAACAGUUCCUUCGUGGACAAAUAGCUCUCAUUAGGAGGUUGGACUCCUGAGACCCUGAGUUUCUACUCCUAACGUUUCACUUCAGGCAGAGUUGCUGUUUGUAAAACAGCCUCAAAAUUCCAGUGUCCACUUCCUUGCUGCCUUUCCUUCCUUUCUGUUUUUCUUGAAUCACUCUUCUACUCCCAAAUAGGCACCCUCUCAAUACCUUGGCAUCAUCUUUUGUGUUUGAUUUAUCCCCUCCUGCCUGGUUGAAAUGUCAUUGGAAACUUGCUGGUACCCAGAACAGGACAGACUGCAGUGCGAAGAGCGUGGUGGGAGCCUAGAACAGCCAGCCCCCAGCCCCAGGCUUCCCCAAGGGCUCAGCAGGCCUAGGGGACUGUUUAUCACUUGGUCCUUCUGGACGGCUUUUCCCGUCAGUGAAGCCAGGUUUACUUCAGACUAACUCUGGCUUGGAAAAAGUGCCUUUUGCUGCUUUACAGAAUCGGGAUGCAUAGAAGGAAGCAGCCAUGAACUUUAAUUUGCCUGGUCACUCCUAGGCCUGUUCUCUCUUGGCAGGCGUUUUCUUAGUGAACAUGCCAGAAGCACUGCAUGCCACCACCCUCCCCGCAGUGCUCUCAUCCCUACCCAGACACCCACGUCCACCGUGUGCACGCUGUGCAGAGUGGAGGGCAGUUCGCAUGCUGGGCGUCUGGCUGAGCCCAGCACGGUCACAGAGCCCAUGCUGAAGGACACAAAGCACUUUAAAGCCCAGACAAGCUCAAAAGGAUGGGCCCUUCUAGAUAGCAGGAGCCCCACCUGGGGUGAGCAUGAUAUAGGUGGAUUAAUGUAGUAAGUGGUAGAUUCAUGAGGACAAAGGAAAUUCUUCCAGGAUCCAGAGGUGACAGUGUGGCAGAUAUUCUGGUCUUCUCCCACAGCAGUUUGUCCCCUUGCCUCCUUCACAAAUGGGCAGCGGCAUCUUCCUGCAGGCACACAUGCUGGUUGUAAAUACAGGAGGAAUUGACGGUAAGAGGAAGGAGGCGUGUGUGAUCAGGGUCCCAAGACCACAGCUUUUUGGAUCCCAGGAACCAAGUGGCAUUUGCUUCUGAAGCAAGUUCAUCUGUUUCAUAGCUUUUGCUGACUCCAGGAUUCUUCCUUGCCAAUGAGAAGAAGGCAUUAUCUUUUUACCUUCAGGUGGUUUACUUAUUCUGUAAAGAAUAUGUGUAAAUAUUUUGUACAGAGCCCUGUAUAAAAUAAACAGCCAUAUGUGGUUACUAAUCACCUCUUCUGUGUUCUGUCCCUGUCCACCACUUGUUAGGAGUGGACUCUGGGAUCUUAGACAUCUGGCCUUGAUGCUCCCCCACCUCCCACGCCAGGCCCCGGACGGUGCUGUGGUCUGUGGGUUCCUGGGUGACCUUGACUUGCCGGAAACCUUAGGCAAGAUCCUCUGUCUUAUUUCUGUUUCACCUGCAAGAAACAUGACCUAACACUUGAGCUACUGCCUGGGGACUAGUGACAGCUAAGCAGUGCAAGUGGCAAGUGAUCUUAGUGGGGGUGCUUUGGGCUAUUUCUGAUGCACUCUUCCAGAAUGCCUUCAGCUCUAAAGGCGCACAUUCAGUGUCGGAACCUAACCAGAAGCUGCUGUAAAUGUCACUUAGCUUCCACAUGUCAUUUCCAUCAGCAAAGAAGCUGUUGGGAGUUGUUCUUGCCAAGCUCUUCCAACAUCCUCAACACGCCCAGCUGUGGGUACUGGGAGCCCAGAGCAGUGCCGAAGGCCUGUGGCCUCUGUCCUGGGGAUGGAUGGAUCCGUUGAGGAGGCAAGAAUACUGCAGUCUGGCAUGUUUUAUUAAUGCUUGCCUGGCCCAGAAGUAAGUGUGAAGGCAGCCUGAGACUGAGCCAACAUAGGCUGGCUGCUCCAGCUGCCCUUUUGAUUGGACUGUCACAGAGGACACAGGGUUGGCCCGGACACCACCCUACCCCUGGGAGCUCACACCAGAGUCCCACUGGAGGAGCAAUGUUUUGAGGGAGAUUCGGGGACAGUUUCAUAGGCGCUGAUGUUUGAAUAUAAAGAAUGGAGUAGAAUUUUGAUCCUGGAGAAUUGAAGGAAGCGCAUGCAAGGCUGAGGGGAAGUAGCAGAAUUAAAAAUGUGUUUUAGGGGCAGCAUUGUCUAGGAGGGUUGGAGUUAAGGGUCUGUAGAGAGAUCUAGUGGGUGGUGUCAGUGGAAGGGUAUUUGGGGUCCAGACCAAGGAGAGUUUUAUGUACUGGGUGAAGGAGUUGAAACUCCUCUGUAGGCGAUUUAGGGGGUGAGGUUGGGCCAUGGCCAAAGCUGGGUUUGGA